AUGGUGCGUUCAUGGUUGCUUGAAGAUACAGUCAGGACCGGCUUGGGAGCCUUCUGGCCGUCUCAGAAUGUUUGGAACACCGUGGAGCCAUUUUGGCCAGUCUUCCUUGCCGGUGGCAUUUGCUUCUACAUCUUUGGUCUCGCCCUAGGAAAGACCACAGGGUCCGAAGGGAAGACCAGCUCCACAUCGUCGCCGGCUGUAUCUGGCGCCAGGACCAGCGUGCUCGCCGUGUCGGUCUUCGCGCUUUACAUAAUCUCCUACAGCUUACAAGGCUUGAUAUGGGAGCUCCACAAGCUGACAGAAGCUUCAUUGCUGGUUGUACAAGCACAAGUUGUGCUGGUCUCCAAGCUGCUUUGCUUGUCUCUGGGCGCCGGCCACGCGGCCAGCCUCGGCGCGUUCUGGCGGUGCUUCGAGGCACGUAACAUUGCGAGAUACUCGCUACCCGGCUUCUGCUUCGGCUUCUACGAGGUCUUCAAGAUGAUGGCUCUCCUAAAGAUCAGUGCUGGCUCGGUGCAGGUCUUGUUGCAGUUCCAGUUGAUUCCCAUGGUGCUCCUGCGAAGUCUCACGUUCCGGGAGGCCCUCCAGGCCUCCGACUACACACUGCUCCUUGCUCUGACCUGCGGUUGUGCAGGCUUCCAGUAUACCCAUGAUGCUGCGUCUGGGAUGGGCGUGGCAUACACUGCCAUUGCCAUGGCCUUCAGCGUGCUGGGCAACGUCCUCGGUGAGUAUUUGCUUACUUCAGCUCAUCAAGAGCCCGUGGUGCUUCAGAAUACUUGGAGCCUGGUAAGUGAAUCUUUGGCUGCCGCAAUCAUGAUGCUUCUGGACAGGAGCUCCAAGGAAGGCGCUUCAGUCUUGGCUCUGCCAUCCUGGUCGCCGCUGAUUUGGACCCUCGUCGUGGCUGGCGCUUUGCACUCCCUGGUGUCGACGACGGCAUGCAAGGUCAAUGGCUCCGUUGCAAAGACCAUCGCUGGAAACAUUUCCACAGUCUUCCCCACCUGGGUUGUGCUGAUGCUGCUGGGUGUGGAGUCCGCAUACGAUGUUCCGAAGAUUUUGUUCGGCCUUGUUGUCCUCACUACGUCUGCCACCUUCACCCUGAAAAACGAGAAGUGA